ACGUGCAUCCUCUGCACCCCCAUCUCGCAUCGUCGUUGCCUCGCCGAAGCCGCUCGCCGCAACUGCCAGCGCCGUCCAACCAAUCUCCGGCCAGAAGCACCAGCAGCUCGAUCCCGCUCGCUCAGGCCGGCAAUGGGUCACAAGAACAAGGAAGGCGGCGGCAAGAAGCAGGCUGGAGGCUCGGCGUCGGCGGCGAAGGCGAAGGCGAAGGCGAAGGCCCCGCUGUCGUCGGCACCGUCGUCCGUCAACUUCAACCCCAAGGACGUGACGGACCCGCUGGAGCUCCUGGACAUGUGCGUGGCGGCGCUCCACGACAAGUCCUCCUCGUCGGCCACGCGGGAGGCGGCGCUGGCGUCGCUCGUCGGCGCGCUCGAGGGCGGCGUGGUGCCGCUCGACGAGGCCACCGACGGCAGGCCCCUCGUCAUCUUCGCCGUCUGCGGCGUCUCCAUCAAGAAAGGGAGCGCCGCCCCGGUGGCGCUCGCCAGGGAGGCCCGCCUCGCGUACCACGCCGUCGGCCUCCUCGCGCUCACCCUCCACGGCGGCGGCGCCACGGAGAUCCUGGCCGAGUCGUUCCCGAUGCUGGCCCGGGCGCUGCAGCAGCCGCCGUCGUCCGUGGACCCGACGACGGUGGCCGCCGUGCUCGACUGCCUCGCGGCCGUCACCUUCGCCGGCGCGCUGGGCACGGAGGACGCGGAGCGGUCGCUCAAGGCCAUCUGGGGCGUGGUGGUGUGCCCGAACCAGAGCUCGAGGUCCGCCGCCAACCCCAAGCAGGCGGCGGUGACCGCGGCGGCGCUCUUGACGUGGACGUUCCUCCUCACCACCGCCACCAUCACGGACGCGCAGCGGAAGGCGGACCGCGCGGGGUGGAACGCGGCCGUCGCGUCCCUCGCGGGGCUGCUCCAGGCCGACGACCGCGCCGUCCGGAUGGCCGCCGGCGAGGCGCUGGCGGUGUGCGUGGAGCUGAACCUGACGCAGCACGCCCCGCGCAAGGACAUGGAGGCGGUGAAGGCGCGGGUGUCGGAGCUCGCCGCCGAGGCCGGCGGCAAGGGCGCGGAGAAGGCGCUGCUGGUGGAGCAGAAGGAGCUGUUCCGGCAGGUGUCGGCGUACAUGGAGCGCGGCGAGCGGCCGAGCAAGGCGCUGCAGACGUCGUCGGACCGGCGCAAGUCCAUCAAGGUGUCGACGUGGGCCAAGAUGGUGCAGCUCAACUUCCUGCGGCGGUUCCUCGCCGCCGGGUUCCUCAGCCACGUCAAGGGCAACAAGCUGUUCAAGGAGUCCUUCGACGCUGGCGCCGACGAGAAGAGCACGCUGUCCAUCGCCAAGAGGAAGCUCACCAUGAAGACCAAGGACAAGGUGAUGAAGAUGAACCGCGAGCAGGCGUGGGCGGCCAAGAACGUUUACUGCAUUCCUCAAGGAGGGCCGCCGGAGAGCGACAGGCCGGAGCAGCUUCUCAAGCUUGGCUGGCACUAGCUCACUUCUUAGAGAUUUUUUUUUUCACUAAUUUGAUUUGAUUAGAUUAGAUGGAUGGGUAUUCGAAUAUGUACGUGCAUUGUCAUUAUCACCAAGCUAAUCUUUUUUUACCCUAAGGCCAAUAUG